AAGGAGGAUGAGAUGAGAUGAGAUGAGAUGACAGCCAUAGUCACCCAUCCCCUUCCUCCCUUUCACUUUGACGACUGACUGCUCAAGUCUUCCCUGAUCCUGAUCCUGCUCCUCCUCUCCCUAGCCCUAGCCCUAGCUCUAGCCCUAGCCUCCCCCGAUCUCCACUCCAACCGCCCGGAAGUAGCUCCAAAUCGAUCACCACCACCGGAUCUCCGACGGAGUGAUGGCGACCGCCGCGGCCAGUGGCGACGGCCAGGAGAAGGUGAUCGCGGUGGCGAAGCACAUCGUCAGCAGCCUCGCCUCAUCCAAGAACACCGCCGAAGACAUGAUCCGCAUACUUUCAGGCUUCGACAAUCGCCUCUCCACCAUCAAUGACCUCUUCCCCCCUUCCGCCGCCGAUGACGGAGGGAAUCCGGAUGGGGACCGAUUCGAUCCCUCGGAGGCCGAGAUCCGACUCCAGGCUGCCCACAAGGUCGUACGCCUCUGGGAUGCCUCCGAUUCCCUCGUGUGGGAGUCUUCCACCGAGGACGCAGAGGAGUACCUCGCUGCGGUUGGUGAUCUCAUCCGCUUAGUAGAGUAUAAAACCUCUCCGGGAUUCGGAGGCGGCUCCACUGUCGACCUCGUCAGUCGUGCGGAGAUCGCGCUCCAGAUGGCAAUGUCCAGGCUCGAGGAGGAAUUUAGUAACUUGAUGGUGCGCCACGCCGUCCCCUUGGAUUCCAACUACUUGAGCUCCUCCAUUCGCCGUCUCUCCCUUUCUUUUGCAUCUGACAUCGGUGAACCCAUAGAUGACUUUGAGAGCUCCGUUGAAGAUGAAAGUCACCACCACCAUCACCAGUCGCCACCGCAGCAGCAGGAAGGAAGCCCUGAGGAUAGAUCCGGAACAAGUCUGGCGGACGAGCGGUGCUUAGAUCUGAUCAACCCGGAAGUUGUCCCUGAUCUCAAUGCGAUCGCAGACUAUAUGCUAUUGGCGAAGUAUGACCGUGAGCUUCAUCAGGUGUACUGCACCGUACGACGGGAUAUCCUUGAUGAGUGCCUCUCCAUUCUUGGCAUCGAUAGGAUGAGCAUUGAGGAGGUACAGAGAAUUGAUUGGCGGAUGCUCAAUGACAAGAUGAAGAAGUGGAUUCAGGCCCUGAAGAUAGUCGUUCGAGUUCUGCUCUGGGGAGAGAAACGGCUCUGUGACCAGAUUCUCGCGUCUUCAGAGGAGCUCAAGGAAGAGUGUUUCAUAGAGACUGUGAAGGGGCCAGUCAUGCAACUACUCAACUUCGGUGAUGCCAUUACCAUAUGCCAGUGGUCUUCUGAAAAGCUCUUUGGUAUCCUGGAUAUGUAUGAGGCUCUUGCCGAUGUUUUGCCAGAUCUUCAGACAUUGUUUGUCGGAGACCCAAAGGACCUUAUAUGUGUAGAGGCAGAAGGGAUUCUACAAAGAUUAGGCGAGGCAGCAAAAGGAACUCUCAUGGGGUUUGGGAGUGCAAUUCAGAAGGAGCCAUCUCGGAAGCCAACACAAGGAGGAGAGAUUCAUCCCAUGACUCGUUACGUGAUGAACUAUGUGAGAUUACUUGCAGAAUACACGAAUACCCUAAAUCUUCUUUUAGACGAUGGGAAGAUUGGCAGUGAUCAGGGCAAUGGUGAAGGUUAUGACAAUAGGAACUCUGAUGGAGAGAAUUUGGAGAUGACUCCAUUAGGCCUCCGCACAGCUCUGAUAAUUUCAUAUUUGGAAUCUAAUUUGGAUGAAAAAUCUAAAACCGAUGAAGAUGGAGCGAUGCAGUAUGUAUUUCUGAUGAACAAUAUACACUAUAUUGUCAACAAAGUGAAGGAUUCAGAUCUCGGAAAGCUUUUGGGAGAUCACUGGAUAAGAAAACGCCUCGUCCAAAUCCGGCAGUAUGCCACAAACUACCUUAGAACUUCCUGGACCAAAGCCUUGUCUUGUUUGAAGGAUGAAGGAAUUGGGAGUGGUAACUCCAGCAGUGUCUUGAAAGUCACUUUAAAGGAGAAGUUUAAAAACUUCAACUUGGCAUUUGACGAAAUUUAUAGGGUUCAGACAACUUGGAAGGUUCCAGAUCCUCAGCUCCGAGAAGAACUGAGAAUUUCAAUAUCAGAGAAGGUCAUCCCAGCGUAUCGGGCAUUUAUGGGAAGGUAUGGCAAUCAAUUAGAUGGUGGAAGACAUGGAACAAAAUAUAUAAAGUAUACAUCAGAUGAUUUGGAGAGCCUGCUUUCAGAUCUGUUCGAAGGUGUCUCUGGUCCGGCUCCAAAAAAGAAGACUUAGUUUAUGAAGUCACAGGUAUGAUCUAAGGUAAGACUCAUCUAGGGUCUUUUUGUGCAAAGUUCAGAUAUACUACACUAGAUGUGAACUUGACUAUGAUCCUUUGUAGCCCUAGUAUUGCUUAUGCAUGGUUACAGUUCGUCAUAUAUAGUUCCUGUCAUAAUGACAAUGCAUUGUGAUAAAACAAAAAAAAAAUGCAUGUAUAAAUAUUCUAGAAUUGUGAAUUUUUUGGAAUAUUGUUAAGGGUCGAUAUGAAUUGUUUUAGCA